AAGCAUCUCUGUUCACUCUUCCGUUGCUUAUCGACGUUACAUUGAAAGGCAAAUCAUCUGCUCCACACGCCGUUUCUCUGGAUCUAUAGUUAUGAAUAUUUAUGUGUGUAAUGACGAUGUAAUACAUCUCUAGUUUGUUGGAAUAAGGCUUCAGUCAAAUAGGCUCCUGCUCUCUGGUUUUAUUUGGAAUAGAGUACCUUUAUUUACAAGUUUCGUCGCACAUUGUAUGUUCACGAGCUAUUUUAUGAGCACACUCAGGAGUUUGAGGCAGAUAGCCCCCGGCCCGGCGAGCCUGGCAAGCAAGAUCUUCUAGAGGAUAUCCAUUAUACGGGUUUUAACUACUUCAUUGGAUCUGCUGUGGACGAUCAACAAUGGUGUAAAUAACUCUCUGCGUUCACCUAACACAAUGCCCUCCAUGAUGACGUCACGAACUUCUUGACCAACAAGUAUGCCAGUAUCCAAGUAACACCGACCCCAAACUAGACAGACUACCGAAAAGGCACUUAGAGCUGGCACUGGGAGAGGAACCCGUGAAGCCGGUGCCGUGUUGAAGCCGACGGACCCGUUUACACGUGAAGAUGAGACUAUGGCGGAAGCUCACGUCCUGCAAGACACGAAGCCGUUUCGUGCUGCUAGCCUUCUGGUAUACGAUGAUUGCCCUCUCGGUGUCCUUACUCUACUCACUCCGAGGCACGCAUCACUCCCAAGAUGACUCGGGUACCACAUCCAGGCGAUCCCGUUUCUACAACUCACUCUUCCCGUUCAGCCGAAACGACGUAGCAGACUACGCUACGUUGACACAGCACGAUGUAGCAGACGACAUAGUGGCCCCUCCACACGUGGGUGCAACGGGAGAGAUAGGGCCGGAGAAAAACGUGGCAAUAGACGAUAACAAACAAAUCCAGCAGCUGAUCCUAAGAAAUUCAGGUGGAAUAGCGGGACAAUCAGGGAAUUUGAUUGGUGACAUGCUAAAUGAUGAGGAACAGAGAACGUUUGAAGUUGUCGAGGAAGAAGUAGCGGAGGAAGAGGAGAUUGAAGUUGUUAAUGAAUUUCGUGAUUUAAAUGGAAAGAGACCCAGUGGAGACGAUCCAAGGGCACCUGUGACGUCAACAAUAGAUGUGACUUCAAUACAUUUUGUGAAUGCUACUGUGAAGCCUACCCCACCCCCUGAAGUACAAGGGUAUUAUAACGUACAAACCAAAGAUAAACUGCGCAUGCGUUGUUCACAGUGCGCCCUCGUCUCCAGCUCUGGUCAUCUCGUCAACACGUCUGCCGGAGCCGAGAUCGACAGCUACCCGUGCGUACUUCGGAUGAACUCGGCGCCUGUUAGGGGAUACGAAGUCGAUGUCGGAAGACGAACGACCAUCCGAAUCAUGGGUCAUGUAAACCUGAAGGUGCUGAAUGCAAGUAACGAGCUUCAGGAUGAGAUUCUCAUCAAUUCAACUACGAGAGCAGAAAAGAUCAUCGUACCAUGGUUGUACAACGUCAAGGUGAACCAAGCUACAGAUAUGUAUUACAAGAGCGCUCGCAACCUAUCCAGUCUCUAUCCACACGUUGAGUUCUACCUUCUUACUCCAGAUAAGAUGAAGAUUGCUGAGAGUCUGUUCCAAACAGAGACAGGUCUUACCAGGCAAGAAGCUCGCACGUGGCUUUCAACGGGAUGGAUGAGUAUGCUCUAUGCUGUAGAUGUAUGCGACAAAGUGGAUAUCUUUGGCUUGGUUCCAGAAAACUACUGCUUGAAGAAUCCGAAUUCCUCCGUCUUGUACCACUACUACGAGUCUGAUGGCCUAAAAGAGUGUGAUUAUUACACGAUCAGUGAGGAGCGACUCACAUCGGGUCACAAGUUCAUCACCGAGAAAGCUGUCUUUGCACGUUGGGCCACCAAGUUCAACAGAAUUCCACCUACCAGCCUGGAACCUCACGGACGUUGCCCAUACUAAUUCCAUUGAGACGCCUUUCCUGAAAAAGUUUUACGCGGCAAAGCGAAGUGGCACAUUACCAAAGAUAUCGAACGGGACUAGGAUUAUACGAAGGGUGGUGAAGCGUGUAGUUAAGAAGGUUAUU